AAAGAGGUGAUAUCAGUAUACUCAGAUGAUGAGCUCGGAAGAAAUGGAGUUGCUGCUCUUGAUGAUGAACUGUACAAGAAAAGAUCCAGAAUUUCCUAUAAAGUGCCUCUCUCAGUCCAUUCUGAUGAAAAAUUCCUUACGGAAGCUUUAAAAAAAUCCAAGUCCAUCGGUCCUCGAGUUUAUAUUCUUCAUUUUGGUCCGGACCCAUCGCUCAGAAUUUUUGAUAUAGCGCAAAAGCUGCAGAUGAUGACCCAUGAAUACGUGUGGCUCGCCACAGACUGGCUCUCAGUUACCUUAGAUUCUUCUUUGAGUGACAAAGGUACUCUAAAACGUCUUGAAGGAGUAGUGGGGCUUCGUCAACACAUCCCAGAAUCAGUAAAGAUGCAACAAUUCACACAUAAACUGAAGAGCAACAUAUCAAUGAAUGCCUACGCAUUACAUGCCUAUGAUACAGUGUGGAUGAUUGCAUAUGGAAUCGAGAAGUUGCUAAAUGAAGGAGUCAACAUUACCUUUUCUUACUCCGAAAAAUUACUUCAUGCAAAAGGAACGAAACUGCACCUGGAGAAAAUCAAGUUUUUCAACAGUGGGGAGCUACUACUUGAGAAACUUCUGAAGGUGAACUUCACUGGUAUAGCCGGUCAAGUUCAGUUUGGUUCUGGCCGAAACGUCAUCGGCUGUGACUACGAAAUCAUCAAUGUUGACAAAACUGGUGUUCAUACUGUGGGCUUUUGGUCAAAAAAUGGUGGCUUUUCGGUUGUACCCCCAAAAUUCCGAGAUUCACAGAACAAGACUAGCUUAGUUUCUGAUGAAAAACUUGGAGACAUAACCUGGCCUGGUGGUGGCCAUGGAAAGCCACGUGGUUGGGUCAUUGCAGAUUCUGCAGAUCCAUUGAAGAUUGUUAUCCCAAGAAGAGUGAGUUUUGUCGAGUUUGUGACCGAAGAAAAGAACAGUAGCCAUCGCAUCAAAGGAUAUUGCAUCGACAUCUUCAUUGAAGCAUUGAAGUUCGUCCCUUACAGUGUUCCUUACAUAUUUGAGCCAUUCGGAAAUGGCCAUUCGAGUCCUAAUUACAACCAGCUUAUUCAAAUGGUCACGGAUGGCGUAUAUGAUGCAGCUGUUGGGGAUUUUGCAAUAGUCCCAAGCCGGUCAAAAUUAGUAGAUUUCUCGCAGCCAUAUGCUUCCACAGGCCUUGUGGUGGUGAUUCCAGCUAAUGACGACAAUGCGACUUGGAUUUUUCUGAGACCCUUCACCAUCCGGUUAUGGUGCGUCGUUCUAGUUUCAUUCAUGGUUAUUGCAGUAGUCAUUUGGAUCCUCGAACAUCGCUUCAAUGAAGAUUUCAGAGGGCCACCCCGAAGACAACUCGUCACAAUGAUGUUGUUCAGCUUCUCAACUCUUUUCAAGAGAAACCAAGAAGAUACGAUAAGCAAUCUAGCAAGACUAGUGAUGAUUGUAUGGCUCUUUCUAUUGAUGGUUCUAACUGCUAGCUACACAGCAAACCUCACCUCAAUCCUCACAGUUCAACAGCUUCCCUCUGCCAUUACCGGAAUCGAUAGCUUGCGGGCAAGCGAGGUGCCUAUCGGUUACCAGGCUGGGACGUUCACAUUGGAGUAUUUAACCUACAGUCUUGGCAUGGCUCGGUCUAGACUGGUCCCACUUGACUCACCUGAGGAGUAUGAAAAGGCUCUAAAGCUGGGGCCAACCAAUUGGGGAGGUGUGGCUGCCAUUGUCGACGAGCUCCCGUACAUCGAACUGUUUCUAGCAGAACGAGCAGGCUUCAAGAUUGUCGGAGAGCCCUUUAUGCACCGUGGUUGGGGAUUUGCGUUUAAGAGGGAUUCUCCACUGGCAGAAGAUAUGUCAACAGCUAUCUUGAAACUCUCUGAGACCAGGAAACUGCAAGAGAUACGGAAAAAAUGGUUAUGCAAGAUGAACUGCGCAGAGAAAUCAGAUUGGAACCCAGAGCCAAACCAGCUACAUCUCAAGAGCUUCAAAGGGUUGUAUCUUGUCUGCAUUGCAAUCACGGUCUCUGCGUUUUUGGUGUUUGUUCUCAGGAUGAUACGCCAGUUCGUGCGGUACAGACGGAUGGAUAGGACAUGCUCUACUCCUCGCGCUUCUUGGUCGGCUUCUCCUACGAUGCGGCUUAGAGAACUGGUGUUUGAUUUUGUGGAGUUUGUGGAUGAGAAAGAAGAAGCUAUCAAGAGAAUGUUCAGGAGUGAUGACUCUAAUAACAAUAGCAACACAUCUCAUGUUGUGGAAGUCCAAGAAGCUGAUUCUGAGGUACCACGAAAUUGAUGAGUAGAUUACACUCUAUAGGAAAAAAAACUGUUAUUAUGUAUACGAAUUGUACGCAAUUAGAUAUGAGCUAACAUGUAAGUCAAUACUCGAAUCUAUGUUCAUUAGAUUUGAGUAUUGUAUAACCUAGCAACAUAAAAUGCUGGUGAGACAGAACCAGUGAUCAUACUACCACGAUUUAUAGCAGCUAAUAUAUUGUAUAGAUUCUUAGGAGCUAAACAUAGUUAGUAGUUUAUAUGGCA